AUGUGGAGAUCCAAAGAAAAAUAUUUGGUGUUUGGAUAUUUCAAUGCGGUGAUUUUCAUUGUCGGUCGUCAAAGCAGAGCCAUGGAUUACAAGGACGCAUCCAAAUACGGGCUUCGGGACUUGCUCUUGGUGCUCCAAUUGUUACACUCGAAUGGGUUUCUUGACUUAGAACAAAUGAAAGCCAGUCCAGAAAAAGUAGCGGCACUCGGCCAAGAGUGGUUCAACCAUAAAAGUACGAGGCUCUCGGUCGUACAAGAGGGAAGACAGUAUAAACGGCCACCUACGAGUGAAGAACUUAUCGCACUUUACGAGCAAUUGCUUCAGAAAUACGAAGAUUGCACCAAUACCACUGAGCUCGCCUAUGCGGUCUAUUAUGCCCGUAUGGAACAACUAGAAAAAACCAUUCAAGACCGCCAACAGGAAGCGGCUCAUAUACUCGCUGAUAUUGGCGGAUGA